GCAUAAUUGCUGCACAAUCCGCGGUGUUUAAUCUCAGCAAUCCCAUUAAGCUAUACAUUAAUAGAUAAUGGAAUUCAAAUCUCCUGCAGUCACCAAACAUAAACUUAUCCGCCUUCAGUUUUAUAGUUGUCCACCAAGUGAUAUUAUCGAACUAAAUGAACUAGAAGAUUAUGCCGUUCAUCGUAUUCGAGUGCUAAAAUGUGUCGAGGCUGUAGGGCAAGAUUGUAUUCGAGGCACAAAGGAUUAUGAUGAUAAAAUGGUAACGGAGCUAACAAAGAUAAGUGGCUUCGGGAAGAUAUUUACUUCUUCUUCUUCCUCCUUAAAGAAUGCACAGGAAGACAUUCACAAGGACAUUGUUUCCCACUUUAUUCUACAGGUUGCUUACUGCCGUAGCGAAGAUCUACGUCGAUGGUUUGUUCAGCAAGAAGUAGAUUUAUUUCGCUUUCGCUUUCUCAAUGAACGUAACAAUUCUGCUUUUGGUUCAGAAGUUAUUUCAAGAUUUCUCCAUGAAAAUCAUCUCCAUUUCACUCUUAUGUCCGAUUCCGAACGAACAAACUUACUGAAUCAUUUAAUAGCAGGUACAGCUACUGCGGGAAUUGAUCAUAAUACUACCGCAUUUUACAAAGUUCAUUUUACUGAAGUUCCGGAUCUUAUUCGAUCUAGACGAGUUUUUGUACAGGGUGGAUAUGCGUUUGUACCAGAACCUGACUUAGUCAGUCUUGUUGUUUCCUGUUUUCGUACUAGUUUAUCACGCAACUUAGCGCACCUUGGAUUGACUUUGUGCUCCAGAAUAGCAUGUGAAGAAAAUCGGGUUUUGCCCCUGUUAUCAUCUUUAUCCAAUCGUUAUCUUGGUGAGGACUAUUCAACUAAAGCACCUGUUAUUGGAUUAGUAAAAGCUGAUGAUAUAGACGGUUUCUCGAGACAACCAGGCCUUUUCCCACCCUGUAUGGCACAGUUACAUGAAGCUCUCAAAAUACAUCACCACUUGCGGCAUUCCGGUAGAAUGCAGUACUGUCUAUUUUUAAAGGGUAUUGGAUUACCUCUGGAAGAGUCACUUAAGUUUUGGCGCAAAUCAUUCUCUCCUAAAUAUGAUAAUGAUCAAUUUAAUAAAGCUUACGCCUACAACAUCAGACACAAUUAUGGAAAGGAAGGAAAACGUGCAGAUUAUACACCUUAUUCUUGUAUUAGGAUUGUCUCAGGCAGUGCUCCAGGAGCGGGAGAUUAUCACGGUUGUCCUUUUCGGCAUAUGGACCCUGAACUUCUUCGCCAACGUUUACUGUCAGGUGGUCGUCUGUCGUUAGAUAUUGUGGAAACAAUUGUACAGCGAGCAAAAGAAAGACUUUACCACCUAAGUUGUCGUGAAUAUUUACGUGGGAUGUUAAAAUUGAGUGUAGACGAUAUAUCUGGAAUAACCAUUCACCAUCCAAAUCAAUAUUUUGAAGAAGCUCGAAAGAUAAUACAAGGUAACAAAAAUAACCCUACAGUUGACAAAAUCCAUGUGAAGAAAGUUAAAUUGUAUAACGGUGAUGAUGACGACAGGCUACUUCAAGCUAUUGACAUUAGUGAUGCAAGUUUUACCUCAUCUAAUGAGGUAAUGACAGCUUAAUAUGUUGAUCGCCAAUGUUUUUAUCAUUUCUUCGGUUUACGAAGGAUUUUUUGUCAGUCAUCUUUAGCACUUGAUUGGUUCAAUUACGUAUUUUGAAAAGUUGAAGAAAAAAUUGAACUGAACGUACACAAAAUCUUAUAUGCUUGAAAUUCCACCAUUUUUAUUGUUCUCGAUACUUUUUAUUAUGAUUUUUAUUUUCAAUUAAAAAUGCUUAGAUUUUCCGUUUUCUAUUUGUCUUUACAUAGUUGAACCAAAACAAUUCAGUUAUUUGUCGAUAAACAUCCUAUUCAGUAUCGUCUGUUACAAUUUUUCCACUGCUGUAUGCAUCCUCUAAUUUCUAUUUCAUGUUUGAUGUUACUUGGUUUCUAUUAGUGUUUGUAUCAGAGUACCCUUUUUAAUAAAAGAAAAUAAUAUUCGUUUUAAAUCACAUUACUCCAGUAACAGAUAUUCUAAGGUAUUUGUUAUUAAGUUUAUAAUCUGUCAUAUGUUAGAUUUUUUGACUAGUUUCUUAAGGUACGGGUAAUGAAUCCUUACCCACAGUGUUGUCGAAAAAGCCUAUUUAGAUAGGUUUUUUAAAUCAUACUUUUCCUGUAUUCAAUAUCGUUAUAACGAGCCAAUAUAAACUAGUUGAUUUAUUCGCACCCGCUUCUUGAUUUCAUAAGAUGUUUACAGGUUUCUUCAAUGUCAAAUACGAUUAACCUGGUAAGUCGGUUCCAAUAGUAAAAUAAUGUCAAUGGAUGAUGUUAGCGGGACAUAGAUUGGAUUAAAGCAUGCUCAAUGCA